AUGUCUGGUUGGGAAUCACCACAUUCUUACGUGCAACUUCUUCGUGAGUCAUGCAUUAACGAUGGCAGAAGGGGUCACGGACUUUUACCGGGCGGAGGGCCACGAAUGCGGCAGAGCAGCAGUGUGCCUAUGAGGGUAUGGAUUCUUGCCAUGAAGAGUGUAAAAGCCCAGUUGAAUUCUUGCAGCAAAUGCGUCUACUUGCACACUUGCAUCUGCACUGACAGGAGGACGUUGAGAAUACGGCAGAAUUUGUUGGGUGGAGCUAUGGAAGUAAUGGGGUGCGGAAAACGACGGGAUAGCAAAUUAAAACUCUGGCCUGACUCGAUCAGUGCAGGCAAAUUGCGUUUCCCUGAUAUGAUAGCCAAUUGCAAGACGUCCUACUCGGAAUGUUCGAACCGAUAUGUCAACCCCGCGAGGCGCAUUCCAGGCCAGACUCACUUAGUAGAGGGCCUGAAAACUGAACCGAAUAACUUCAAAGCUUCCUCCAGGCCAAAUCGACUCAUCGCUAACCGAGAACCUCAAAUGGCCGCCUGCACUGAGACUACUAGCAUCAGCUUGAGUGCUGCUGCUUCGAGGAUCUUCGGAACUCGGCCUUCGCACAAGGAUGUCCAGGUCCAAGGCCGCAAGCACUACGUUAUUAUAAUCGGGCACGGCGCCACUGCUAUGGGUCCGAAAAGGCAUGAGGCGGCCUAUCCUAUCACCGCCUCCUUCGAUCAGUUCACGUGUAGGAGCUAG